CAUCCCCAACCCACUCAUCCGUCUGUUCCUCUCUCUCCCCCUUGUACUCAUAGAACAUCGAAGCCAACCUCAAGCUCCCAUCUUCUCUCUCUUUAUGGAUCCUUCCUCUCUUGUUCUCUGUUCUCUCUCCCCUUCUCGAACUCUCUGAAAAGUAAUUAAGCCUUAAUACAAUCGGGUUUGCCACGUGUCAAAACAUCUGAAAAGUACCCCCGAUUUCACGUGACGACAGACACGUCACCGGGUCACCGGGUCACCGAGUCACCGAAAGUGACAGUUGGAGCCCGAAGCUUCUCUUUUCCCUAGCGUAAUUCCAAGGCCUAUUUCCAUCUACAAAUCUAUCUUCUUCUACACCAAGGAAUUUUGACGUUCUCAAAGUCUCAGGAAUUUGGUUGUGAAGUGUUUCAGCAUCAUGGCUUCAUCUGUUCUGAUCUCUGAUACUGAGCCUUGGAAGGAUUUGAAGGCCCAUGUUGCGGACAUAAACAAGACCCAUUUGCGUGAUUUGAUGAAUGAUAUUAAGCGGUCCCAGUUAAUGACGAAUGAGUUUGAUGGGAUACUAUUGGACUACUCACGGCAACGUGCCACACCUGAAACUUUGGAGAAGCUUUUCAAAUUAGCAGAGGCUGCGUCCCUCAAAGAAAAGAUUAACCGAAUGUUUGGUGGAGAGCAUAUAAACAGCACAGAAAAUAGAUCAGUGCUUCAUGUAGCUCUACGUGCUCCAAGGGAUGCAGUUAUACAAAGUGAUGGGAAAAAUGUGGUCACAGAUGUUUGGGAAGUUCUGGACAAGAUCCAAAAGUUCUCUGACAGUAUUCGAAGUGGAUCUUGGGUUGGAGCCACAGGAAAAGCCCUGAAGGAUGUCAUUGCUGUUGGUAUUGGUGGCAGCUUCUUAGGUCCUCUGUUUGUGCACACAGCUCUUCAAACAGAUCCCGAGGCUAUUGAAACAGCAAGGGGAAGGCAGCUGCAUUUUCUUGCAAAUGUUGAUCCUAUUGAUGUUGCCAGAAAUAUUGCAGGGUUAAACCCAGAAACUACCCUCGUUGUGGUAGUUUCGAAGACUUUUACAACAGCUGAAACUAUGUUGAAUGCUCGAACCCUUAGGGAAUGGAUUUCAUCUUCUCUCGGGCCUGAUGCAGUUGCAAAGCAUAUCGUAGCAGUCAGCACUAAUCUUACACUUGUAGAGAAGUUUGGGAUUGACCCAAAUAAUGCUUUUGCAUUUUGGGACUGGGUUGGUGGCCGGUAUAGUGUUUGCAGUGCUGUUGGAGUGUUGCCUUUAUCUCUUCAAUAUGGGUUCUCAGUUGUUGAGAAGUUUUUAAAGGGGGCUUCAAGCAUUGAUCAACACUUCUACUCAACACCAUUUGAGAAAAAUAUCCCUGUUCUCUUGGGUCUGUUGAGCUUAUGGAAUGUUUCAUUCCUUGGAUACCCUGCAAGAGCUAUCUUACCUUACUCCCAAGCACUGGAGAAGUUUGCUCCGCACAUUCAACAGGUUAGCAUGGAAAGUAACGGCAAGGGUGUAUCAAUUGAGGGUGUAAUACUUCCCUUUGAGACUGGAGAAAUUGACUUUGGUGAACCUGGAACAAACGGUCAGCACAGCUUUUACCAACUAAUUCACCAGGGCCGUGUUAUUCCUUGUGAUUUUAUUGGUGUUGUGAAGAGUCAACAACCUGUUUACCUGAAAGGUGAAGUGGUGAGCAACCAUGAUGAGCUCAUGUCUAACUUUUUUGCACAGCCAGAUGCCCUUGCAUAUGGGAAGCACCCAGAACAGCUGCAGAAAGAGAAUGUUCCAAAGCAUCUUAUUCCGCAUAAGACUUUCUCUGGAAACCGGCCCUCUCUCAGCAUUCUUUUUCCAUCACUGAAUGCUUACAAUAUUGGCCAGUUGUUGGCAAUCUACGAACACAGAGUUGCAGUCCAAGGUUUCCUAUGGGGGAUCAAUUCUUUUGACCAGUGGGGAGUAGAAUUGGGGAAGUCAUUGGCUACUCAAGUUAGAAAGCAACUCAAUGCAUCUCGCACAAAAGGGCAACCGAUUGAAGGCUUUAAUUACAGUACAACAACAUUGUUAAAAAAAUACUUGGAGGCAAGUUCAGAU